UUCAGGGCGGUUUUCGACGACAGUCAGUCUUAGCGACGACGUUCGGUAGGCAGUUAGGUAGGCAGUCGGUGGUUACAAGAGCGACAUGUUGGAGAUCCGUGUGAUUGUGCGCGUGGCGGGCGAUCUCUAACGCGCGGUCUCGUGCGUUUUGCGGUGCGGUGCGGUGCGUGUACGAUCACGACGGUGCGGCCGGCUGUGCGAGUGAAGAAACGCACGUCGCAUUACAUGUGAAGUGUCUCGGGGAUACAUUCGUCAUCGCGCCUGCUGGUUUACCCGGCCCAGCAAACAUGAGCUGGGGCACGGAGCUCUGGGACCAGUUCGAAAAUCUGUCCCUGCAUACGCAGAAAGGGAUAGAAUUCCUCGAGAGAUAUGGCCACUUCGUACGCGAUCGCUGCGCUAUCGAAGUGGAAUAUGCAGCGAAACUCAGGCGUCUCGUGAAGAGCUAUCAACCGAAGAAGAAGGAAGAAGAGGAUUAUCAGUAUAGUCCUUGCCAGGCGUUCAAAAUGGAACUGAACGAGGUUAAUGAUCAGGCCGGCCAAAGAGAAUUGAUUGCGGAAAAUCUCUAUGCUAACGUUCUACGAGAGUUGAACAUCCUGGUGAAGGACUUUAAGGAAGAUCGUAAGAAGCAUUUGCAGGAAGGUGCACGACUGAUGGCUACUUUAGCUGGCCAAAUCGGCAACCUUGAGCGCGCUAGGAAGGCCUAUGAGAAGGCUUUCCGCGAGGCGGAACGUGCCGUUGAGAACUAUCAGCGAGCAGACGCGGAUCUAAAUCUCUCGAGAGCAGAGGUCGAGAAACAGAGGAUGAACAUGACCCUGAAGACCCAGCAGAGCGAGGAGGCUAAGACGGAAUACGCUAAUCAGCUGCAGAAGACGAAUGAUAUGCAGACGUUGCAUUACCACACAGCGAUGCCGGAAGUGUUCCAACAUCUUCAGGAACUAGACGAAAAAAGGAUAAAGAAUAUGCGGAACUAUAUGAUGAAGUCAGUGGAGACCGAACGAGCAGUAGCGCCGAUAAUUGCCCAAUGUCUUGAUGGCAUCGAAAAUGCAGCGAACGAAAUCAACGAAAAGGAAGAUACGCUGCUAGUUAUCGAACGUUACAAGAGUGGUUUCCAGCCUCCUGGCGACUUUCCCUUCGAGGAUCUGUCAGUUGCCAAAAACUACGAUAGCAACAGCCAAUUGGCCCAGCCAGUCAUGCAGCCGAUUCACAAUCAUCUCACAGUCAAAGGAACCGUCUCCGGCGGCAAGAUCAAAAAGAGGGUAGGCCUUUUCGGGAUCUUCAGCAGUAAUAAGAAGUUGAUCGAGGUGUGCAUAGCUUUAAAGAAUAAUGUGCCUGGUUACGGCGACGGCGCUAAGGAGGACUGCAGCGAUUUGCCACCGAACCAACGGAAAAAGAGAUUGCAGCAGAGACUGGAUGAGAUCCAGGCGAAGAUUCAGCAAGAGACCGCGGCAAGGGACGGUCUGAUGAAGAUGAAGGGCGUGUACGAGCAGAAUCCCGCUCUCGGAGACCCGAUGAGUAUAGAGGGGCAGUUAAACCAGUCCAGCAAUAAGCUGGACAAACUCGGAGCUGAGUUGGCAAAGUUUCAAGGCUACCUCGAAGAAGCAAUGCGCGUUGGCGUCAGUUUGUCUAGCCCAAGUCAAGCACCACGGAAACCCACUAGUAAUGGCUCGGCAACGAGACCGUUGAGUUCACGAAGAUCCAGUCACUCGGGCGGUGAAGAAAGCCUCUCGAGGUCCGCUUCGGACUCGAGCGUCAGUAACGCGAACGCGAACCAACCCGUUUACAAGAAAAGCGCACCGGGCACGCCGCAGCCGACGCAUGGUUCCACGAACAGCCCGGAAUCUGGUCUCGGCGAGUCGAGAACGUCGUUACCUGGCAGCGGUGGUGAAGAAUAUUAUGUUGACGAGGUAGACGCGCAACCGCCAUUAGGAACAUGCCGAGCGCUUUAUCCUUUCGACGCGACCAGCGAAGGUUCCAUACCCAUGUACGACGGAGAAGAACUAUACAUGAUCGAGCUGGAUCAGGGAGACGGCUGGACCAGAGUUCGACGCAUUUCACAACCAAUCGAAGGCUUCGUUCCAACUUCGUACAUCGAGUGUCAUCUGUACAACACUUAGCCGCUUCUCUUAGGACAUUGAGAGAAUUGCGUGUGGCGCGAAACUGCUCGAAAGAGAUUACUGUCGUGGGCUUAUAAGCAUAGGGCACCAUCGCGGACUUGAGGGUCAUGUGUUGGUUAAAUUUCGCACGGGACAUCGACCACAGUGGCUAGCAGGCCUAAGUGAAAAUAAUAUAAUUGAACUAUCUGCUCCAACUGGGAAACCCGAAGGAUCUCAUCAAGAAUUCUCGAGGACGCAAUCAAAGAUUCGCCGAUCUUUUGAGUGCGUUGCGCAGCUCAAAAUCAUGUGUCAUGUAAAUUGUGAAUCUUAAAAACCUACAAUUGAGGGUUCGAUAAUUAGUUCGAUGAGUGUAUAAGAAUCAACAUAGGUUGAUUUCCAAGAUAUAUCAAUCUCAGAAAAUUUUAAACCAGAAAGAUAUGAAAGUCAACAAUCUGCUCACUGUUUUAAGGUUAUUAAGUGUAUAUUCUUGCAAAAUCAGGAAGUCCGUUCAAGGUUCACGAUCUGGAAAUCUGUAGAAAGAAUUCAUAAAGUUGCACGAUAAUAUCGUCGACGUAAUUGCGUCCAUCGUCGAAUAUCGCACGCGUUAUUACUUCCAACACACGUCCCUCCGGAUCCCUGAUCGAUCAGCCGUUAGUUCGGUCAGGAAUGUAAGAAUGAUAUGCGAACAAAACAAAAUGCCCCGCUUUGUGAUCAAUCAAUAUAAGCGUAAUAGAAGCGUAGAAUCGAGCUCAUUCUCGGGCUUACUAGAUCCCUAAGAAAAUUAAAUCCUUGUCCGGAUUGAUUAGGGCGCCGUGACUCUUCCCAGCAAAGCAAAUUAACAAUCCUAAUCUUUUUGGUCAUAAUUAUGUUAAAUUAUAAUUAUUGUAUCGAUUAUGUGUUAAAUAGAUAUUAUUAAUAAUGAACGUAAUAUUUAAAGUUACUCGACUAUUUUCUCUCAUUCUAAUUGUGCGUUGUUUCUAGAAAAAGUUGCAGCGGCCCUACAGUCUUUUUCGCUUUUCAUUCCGAAAUUAUUAAUUAAUAUUAAUAAUUGUUAAUUCUUUAUUAUUAGGAAAAGUUUCAAGCGAUAGCUAUUGCUCUAUAUUAUUUAUCGCGAAGAACCACAUCGCUUUUACAUUCUGCGUUAAGUUCGCUAUUCGAAGAAAUAAUCUAAAAAUAACAGUUAUUGCAUCAGUCUCGUGAAUAUUUUUGUUUAAGAUUACUGUACUAUCUUGCAGACUGUGUAUUACGUUUUAAUUUGUCAAUAUAUUUUUUUAUUUUAAAGUACUUUCAUAUAAAAGACAGCGACAACCCUGAAUAUUUACCUAUUUACUGUAGGAAACUUGUAAAAAUCCAGACAAGGAUUUAAUUUAUACAUCUGUACGAUAGUGUUAUGUCCAAUUAUAUGCAGAUUCAGUUGUACGCAUUUGAAACUUUUAACCCUUAAGCAGAUGCAAAUGAAAACAGAUCAACAGUUGAUCGGCGCGAUUAUUAAUGAAAAUCGCAAUUAGAAGUAGAUAACAAAUUAUAAUUUUAAUCGCAAUUGAAAUGAUGAAUUUUAUAGGAGAAUUGACCUGGAAUGAAAUUAGAAAAAAAAAUUACAACGCGCGAUAUGCUUAUCUUUAUAAAAACCUAUACACCUAGUUUCUGUAACUUAAUUUUCGGGAAUUAAUUGAAAACAAGUUCUAAAUUCGUUGGCUGCAUUUCAAGUUGCAUUGAGUAAAAAGUGGCCAAAACGUAUCGAAACCAAGUAUAUAGAUUUCUUAUCGCUUCUGCGAUUGCGGCAAUACGUCUGCUUGAGGAUUAAAGCACGAAUUCUUCGAAGGAUCCGACAUAGAGACGUCGUCGGGCUGCCCUCGAUACACUCGCGGCUUCUCAAAACGUGUCCUCUGCGCGUAGCUGUGCACGAACGAAACAUUUACGACCCCGUUAAAGAAAGUAAACUAUCUUAGUAUUAAUAAUCGCAUCCCGCCUACUCGUCACUCGUAAAUUAAUUGCGACCGUUGUAAUCGUCGCUGCACCGAAGUUUUAUCGUUCUUUUAUCAACUUGAUUCGACGUCGUAAAAGGCAACCGACUGUCUCGCGAACGGUUCACUGUCACGCUGAGAGAACAAGAGACUGACCUUUGCUGGAGUUUCAUCAUACUCGCUAUCCGAAAUUUGGCACUUUCGUGCUUGUAAUCAAAAUUGCAGGGUACGAUGAAAUUCUAGGAAUCAAAAGUGUGACACUAAGAAUCGAUCGAAUGUAAUCGAUUCAAAUUAUCUGGUAGCUGGAGCUUUUGCGGAAGAUUAUUAAGUUCCGCAGAGGAGAAAAUUGAUACAUUUAUGUGUACACAUGUGUUAGAGUUUGUGAAAAUGAGAAUCUUCAGAACGUGGACAAUCCUCGAGGAUCCGUGAACUGCGGCACCGAGAGUUCUACUUUCACAUUCGCCGAUUCGGUGCGACGAAAAGUGAGCCGUUCCAACGGAACAGUCCGGCACGCCAUGUUUAUGAAGUUGCCUGAAUGUGAAUCUAGUUAGCGAUAGACUUAUGUAAAUAUUGCCAGGAAUGCGGGAGCGGUAAAACGAGGCGAGUAGCUAUUGAGCGUGCGAGUGCCAGAAUCGAUAUUAAGCCGCGCAGGACUCGCUUUCGUAACGGACAGAUUCGCAGGCAAAGUGUCCUGGAAGGAUUUGCGACAUCUGGGAAUUUCAGACUCAGAUAUUCCAAGGAAAGUCCGCGCGAACGCGAAAGCCUGCCGCGUUCGUCCUAAUUUUGCGAAAUCCGGGAAUCGUGUAACCGUAUUUUCUCGCGCAUUGACAAAAUGUAUAUGUAUAUAUUAUAUAUAUAGAUAUAUAUAUAAAUAUAUUCGAUCGUCAACAGGCGUAGCUUCACUAUAGUUAGAAAUAUGCAAGUACACAAUUGAAUAAGAUUCAUAGUUCACCCAAUACUCACAUACGUACACACACACACACACACACACAUAUGUACACAUAUACACUUUCCUGCUUUUCGUCGCGGCUGCUUCCGGUUCGUUAAC